GCUGUUCUUGGGUCCUUGCGUUGAACUGACAGCUCUGUUUCCAUCAUGGCGGCGUCCAGCAGAGAGCAUGUACUCUCACUCUACAGACUGCUUCUGAAGGCGAGCAAGACAUUCCCCUCUUACAAUUAUAGGACGUACGCUCUACGGCGGGUACGAGAUGCCUUCAGGGAGAACCGGACAGUGGAAGACCCAAAAGUUGUGGAGGAGCUGCUGAACAGGGCCCGGGACAGUUUGGCCCUCAUCCAAAGACAGGUGUGCAUAGGGAAGAUGUUUGCGAUCCAGAAGACGGUCGUUGAACAGGAGGAAAAGAAGAGCGAUUGAUGUGGCGUUGGAGCGACGGUCAGGUGUUCUCUGGCUGUGCAGGACUGUUGCGGGGUCGAGGGUCUUCAUGUUUCCUCUUCAAACAUCUGCAUCAGGGUCGAUCCCACGUCCACUCCUGUUUACGCACUCAUUUAAGAUUCUGUGUGCCAUGAAAUUAUAUAUAAUUGUACAUAAUGUAGUAUUUUUCAUGCUUUUGUGGUUUACAUGUUACAAUAAAUCCAUGUCAGCUGCAUUCGCUUGUGUGGGUUUUCUGAGUAAAUGGCUGUUUUCAUUGAUCUGUUCCUUAAAGGUUGGUUUCACAGAGGG